ACUCCAGGAAGUACUUGACAAGGGAUGGUUUCAUUUUCGGUUACCUUACAAGAUUGUAAUUGCUAAGAAGGAUCAAUUCGAUGAUAGAAGAUACCAAGUUCACACUGGCAUUUCUUGUUAUGCCGAAGAUUUACCAAAAUCCAGAUCUCUUAAAGGACCUUUCUCCGUAGAUUAUGUAUGUUUACGUCCCCACAUUGCAUAUGACCAUGUAGAAAAUCCACCUAUCAUUGAACAUUUAGAAAAUGAUUAUGAAAGUGUAUAUAGUGAUAAUGAAUAUUAUGAUCUACAAAAUAAUCCUGAAGAAAAUGCUAUCAUUUCUUCAAAGAGGAGAAAAAAAUUAAUCAAACUUUUAUCUUGUAGUGCUGGUGAUAUGAUUUCUAAUAGGGACAAUCGGCUUUAUGUAAAUGCUAACGCUAUGGGCAUAAGUGGAAAUCACCAUCGUAACACUUUGUAG